AUGUUUUACCAAUUAGCAUUCUCUAUUUUCAUUAUCUAUACUUAAGCAAAAGAGGAAAAUGAUUUGCAUGUUGUAUUUGAUAAGAAUUCUAAACAAUUCUUUGAAAAAAAUGAAAUAUCUAUGAUCUUCUUUUACACUCCUUAAUGUGGACAUUGUGAAAGAUUCCAACCUGAAGUAGAAAAAGCAGCAAAGUAAUUAAAAGAAGAAGGUUUUGUUUUUGCCAAAGUAGAUGGUCAUAAUUAUAAAGAUAUUGCUAAAUAAUUUGAAGUCAAUGGAUUUCCAUCUGUCAUCUUAUCUUAAGAUCAUGGCAAAAAAUAUAAAAAAUUUGAAGGACCCAGAACUAGUGAUAGUGUUAUUAUGUGGAUGUAUGAAUAACUCAAUGAAGGAACCAAAGAAUUAAAAACUAUUUAAUAAAUCAAAGACCAGAUAUCUAAAAGUUAAUUGAUGUAUCUGUAUAUGGCUUAAAAUGAUGAAGACAGAGGUUUUCGAAGAUAUAAAGAUUAUAGUCAUGCAUAUGGAAAUUUAGAAUUUUAUCACACUUUUUUAGAAAACGCAUAAUAAGAAUUAGGAUUUAGUCCUACAGAUUCUUUAGUGGCUUACAAGAAAUAUGAUAAAUCUCCUGUAGUUUAUUAACCAAAAUAAAUUAAAGUAUCUGAUUUAAAGGCUUUUAUUGAAACCAAUUAAUUUUAGAGACUUCAUGAAUAUAAUGAAGAUAUUGCUAAGAAGAUAUUUAAACAAGAUAGAUCUACAUUAAUACUAUUAAUUGAUGAAACAUAAAUGAAAGAUAGGAAUGCUCAUGAUGCACUUAAAUCUAUUAGUCUUGAUCAUCCUCAUGAAGAUCAUUUAUUAUUUGUCAAAUGUAGUAUAACAAAUUAAUUAUUCCCUGAACUCUAAAAAUAAAUUGGUGAUUUUACUGGAACACCUGCUUUAUUUGGAUUACAAAAAUAUGGAGUCUAUAAAUAUAAAUUUAAUUAAGCAUUUACUAAAUAGAAUCUAGAUUAAUUUAUACUUGAUUUCAAAAAUGGAAAAGCUCCAAAACAUUAUAAAUCUUAAAAAUUAGAUAAUUCUUUUUAUUCAGAAAAUGUUGAAAUUCUUACAGGUAAUUCAUAUUAAAAAGUUAUAAAUUCAUCAGAAGAUUGGGUCAUUUUCUAUUAUAAUUCAUUUGAUUCUGAACAGUAAUUAAUUUAUUUUAUAUUAGUCUAUCCCUUUUAAAAGAAUUUGCUGAAAUUUCUAAGUUUAUUUCAUAAAUAAGCAAAGUCAAAUUUGCUAUUGCAGAUGUAACUCAAAAUGAAUUCAGUGAUUUCUCAGAUCCUACUGAUAUUUAUAAGAUUAGAUUAUAUAAAGGAAAUAAAAGUUACACUAAAUUUAUACAAAAAGUUAAUAUAAUAUAAAGGGAAAGAUUAAUAAAUUUUAUUAAAGAACACUCUAAUCAUGAAUUCAAUGAUGAUCGUAAAAAUAAUCAUAGAGAUGAUUUGUGA